GCAAACAUCUCCGACGAUCUUGACAGCACGCGGAUCAAGCUCCUGCAGCCUUUCAGCCGGCAAAUGCACCCGGGCUUUGCACCCAAAUGUCUUCAGAUGAGUACAAUUCGGCUUCCUGUUGUGCCACAUGUCAUACAGCGUCUUGCCCUGUAAAUUGCGCCUGCCAAGCCUGUUGCCCGCGUAUGCGGCGGUGCCUACUGCUUGCGGCCAGAACUUCGCAGCCACAGUGUUGCGAAACAUCAUUGUGCGCCCUCAAUUAAGCAAGCUGCCAUUGAGCCGUUGAGCCACUACAUUCUGCUGCUGAAAGAUACGCCAAAGGA